AUGAUAUUGGAAUAUGCCAAUGGAGGAAGCUUGAGAGAUUAUUUAGGAAAUGACGAAAGAUUUAAAUCAUUUGGAUGGAAAGAUAAAAUUCGAAUGUCAUUGGAUAUUACCUGCGGAUUGAUGUGUUUACAUAAAGAAAAUAUUGUUCAUAGAGACCUGCAUUCAAAGAAUAUACUAGUAAAUAAUGGUAUAUUACUAAUUGCGGACUUUGGCAUAUCUAAGCAUUUGGAAGAAAUGACAUCUAAUUCAAUUGCCAAUGUGUUUGGAAUGCCCGAAUACAUUGAUCCACAAUGUUAUAGGGAUUCCAAAUUUAAAAAGGAUAAAAAGUCAGAUAUAUAUAGUUUAGGAGUUCUAUUAUGGGAAAUUACAAGUGGACGUCCCCCGUUUCCGAACUAUGAAAAUAAAUUCGCAUUGAUCUAUCAUCUUCUUUCGAAGAAUAGAGAAAAGCCAAUAGAACAUACACCUCCAAACUCGAAUUCAUUAACAGCUACUUACGUUAAUAGUGUAACACUUAUAAACCUUCCCAUCGGAAAACUAAAUGAUUCAUCAAAUCCUUCAACUAAAUCUAAGAAAAAAUUAGAAGUAAUUAUUCAAAGUUACUUAAAAUAUAAUAAAACCGGAUGGACCAAAAAUUAUAAUUUUAUAAAUGUUUUAAAACGAUAUGAAUCGGAAUCAAAAGAAAUUUUUAAUUAUUUAAUUAAUAAUCCAACAAUACAGCAUUACGAGAUAAUGGUUGGUAAAUUUUAUCAGGAAGGAUUUGGAACUGAUAAAAAUCAACAGAAAGGGCUUAAAUGGUUUUUAAACGCAUGCAAAAAUGAGGACGAACACGGUAAAUACGAAGUUGGCGCAUGUUAUUUUCAUAGUCUUGGAAUCGAAAAAAGCAUGUUAAAAGCUAAACAGUACUUUGAAAGUAUCGUUGAUUGUGGACCAAAUAUAGCUUUAUAUAAACUCGCAAAUUGUUAUGAGUUUACCAUAAGUCUCGAAAAGGAAGUAUUAAUUAGCAAGGCAUUUCAACUUUACAAAACUUCAGCAGAAAAAGGAUUUAUACCAUCUCAAUUUAAAGUCGCAUAUCAUUAUAGUCAUGGCUUUUAUACUCAAAUUAACGAAGGAGAGGCUUUAAAAUGGUAUAAAUCAUUUCAUAAGAAUGGCGGAUAUCCUGAUUAUAAUGUUUUUUAA